AGGUAGCCCGCACACGGACCCUGAACGCGGCACUCUUUUCGUGGAGAAAAAAAAAUCAUCACAAUUCUCAGAUUUUAGGCAAAGUUGAAAUAGCAUCUGGAUGGAAAUAGAUUAAUACGGCUUUCCAGCCUUUUUAAAAGGAUUUAUAUGUUAGGAUCAGAUUCAAUGGCGCUGACAUCAGGGGGAUUUCUGUGGCUCUUGUGCUCAAUCUAUCUGGUGUACUUACAUCAUCCUCGCUCCGCCGAAGCUUCGGCCCGAUGUGUUCCUGGAGUACAGUUUGCCUGUGCUGAUGGAACUCAAUGCAUCCCAUCACCAUGGCGAUGUGAUCGUGACCCAGAUUGUAGAGACGUCAGUGAUGAAGAGAAUUGCACAUACACUGGUGUAUCAUGUCAAACAGGUUUCUUCCAGUGUGCUAGUAGUGAAGCACAGAUCUGUCUUCCUGAGUCCUUCAGAUGUGAUGGUCAGAUAGAUUGCCAAGAUCACUCAGAUGAAGGCCCAGAUUGUCCUGUUCCACCUCCGUUCGCCUGUCCUCCAUCCAUGCCGUAUCAAUGCUUGGAUGGUAAUAGCUGUAUAGCAUAUAGCAGUAUCUGUGACUUUGUUCCUGACUGUGAUGAUUGGUCAGAUGAGGGAGCAUUCUGCAAUCCAGAGAAUGGAGGAGACUGUACCAGGAUGCAGUGUGGAGAUGAUCAAGUAUGUCAAGAAACCAUCAAUGGUGGUAUGUGUAUCUGUCCAAUAGGAUACCAAGUCAAUCAAAGCAACUCUACACUCUGUGAAGAUAUCAAUGAAUGUGACAUUUAUGGCACAUGUGAUCAGAUCUGUAAGAACACUCCCGGAUCCUAUUCAUGUUCCUGUGCUGGCGGUUAUAUCAAGUUCUCUGAAGGAAGAUGUCAGUCAGAUGAAGAUGCCAAGUUGCUGGUAGCCAAUGUGGACAAUCUUCUACAGCUGAACAUAGAUGGAAGUAGCAUAAACAAGACAAGUUUAUUAGCUGCUAUGGGCACUAGGGCUAUGGACUACAAUCUUAAGAAAAAUAAGGUUUGUUGGGUGAACUUUGGUAACCAUGCUGAGCAAUUGAAAUGUGCUGACUUGACAAAGAUGGAUAACAUCGAAGUAAAGGACCUGAUCCUUGAUCUUUCCAAUGUUCAACAGAUAGCUCUUGACUGGGUGACAGGUAACAUCUAUCUGAUGGAUGAAGUAGUGGAUGCUAUUAUCGUCUGUAGGUUUGCUGGGGAUAUCUGUAUCACUGUGGUAGAUGGAGACCUCAGUAGACCGAAGGGUCUCACGCUCGAUCCUAAGAAGGGGUUCAUGUUUUACACCGACUGGGGGACCGUGGCGAGGGACAAACCUGCUAAGAUUGAACGAGCCAAUAUGGAUGGUAGUGGACGAUUGAAUCUGAAUAUCACAAAGAUAGUCUUUCCUCAUGGGAUUACAGCUGAUUAUGCUGCUCAACGUAUCUACUUUGCUGAUACACAGCUUGAGAUGGUUCAGACAGCUAGAUAUGACGGCACAGGACAGAGAAUCAUUGCUCAAGGAUCUAGGGUGAGCUAUUUGUAUGGCAUGACUUUGUUUGAGAAUCAUAUCUAUGCAACUAAAUGGCAGACGAAUGCUACUAUCAUCAGCAUUGAUAAGUUUACUGGUGAAGUAACAGAGCUGUCUACAGUCACACAUCGAGCUGGUUCUAUACAUGCUGUUCAUCCAGAAAGACAGCCUACACCAAUCAAUCAGCCAUGUCGUAAGAACAAUGGUGGAUGUGAGCAUCUGUGUUUAGUAGCUAGUGAUAGCUCUUCAACCUGCAGAUGUCAACAAGGAUAUAAUGUCUUAGAGAAUGGAACAUGCAUCAGGAAUGCAGACAAUGCCAAGUUUCUUCUGUUUGGUCAAGGAUAUCCUGGAUCAGUGCGAGGUAUCCCAGUCAAUGAAAGCAGGGAUCCAAACUAUGAAUCUAUGGUGCCUAUACUGAAUCUUCAGAGUCCAAGGGCAGUAGACUUCUAUGCUGCUGAGGAUUAUGUUUACUAUGCAGAUUCAACAAACUAUACCAUCGGCAGGCAAAAACUAAACGGAACACACCGGGAAGAUCUCCUCAACGACUAUAUUACAAACUGUGAAGGAAUAGCUGUAGAUUGGAUUAGUAAGAAUCUCUACUGGACAGAUGAUGGAUCUAAGACCAUCAGUGUUGCUAGACUAGAUGGGUCUAGGAGAAGGUUACUGCUUAAAGAGAACUUCACUCAUCCAAGAGCUAUUGUGGUAGACCCAGUUGAUGGGUAUAUGUACUGGUCAGACUGGUCUGAGGGUGUUGGUCAAAAAGCACGUAUUGAACGAGCCUUUAUGGACGGUAGGAACCGAACUGUCUUUGUCAAUGAGUACUUGCAAUGGCCUAAUGGUCUCAGUCUGGAUAAGGAUCGUGGAGUCUUGUAUUGGUGUGAUGCUUUUCAUGACAGAAUCUCUAGAAAGUUUCUGAAUGGAACUGGUGAUGGGACAGUGACAAUCCGACCUCAACCAGAGCUGAAUCACCCAUUUGGUAUCACUCACUAUAAAGACAUCCUCUUCUGGUCAGAGUACCGUACAGGGUUUAUCUAUCGCUAUGAUACUACCAUGGAAACUCCUACACCUGUAUCACUGCGUAAAGGUGGCUUGGUCUUUGAACUCAAGCUUUAUGAUGCUAAUGCACAGAAAGGUACGAAUGCAUGCAGCGUCAAGAAUGGAGGCUGUGAGCAUCUGUGUCUCCCUGUUCCUGAUGGAAAAGUUUGUCAGUGUGAGAAUGGAAAGAAACUCAUCAACGGCACACAGUGCAUCGAGGAUCCUGAUUAUGUCCGCUAUUCUCGAUGUACCAAAGCUUCUGAUGAGUUUGAGUGUAACAAUGGUCGUUGUAUAGAACACACUUGGCUAUGUGAUGGGGAUAAUGAUUGUGGAGAUAAUACCGAUGAAACUCAUGGUGGCUGUUACAAUCAGACAUGUGGACCUAACAAGUUCCAGUGUCCAAACAAUAAGUGUAUCCCUAUGCGGUGGACUUGUGACGGUGAUUAUGAUUGUGGUGAUAGCAGAGACAGUGAUGAAACUCAUGAGCUAUGCAGUGGACAUAUUCCAGAGAAAACCUGUGAUCCAGAUGUGUUCAAAUGUGACAAUGGUCGCUGUAUCUCAACAUCAUGGCAUUGUGAUCAAGAGGAUGAUUGUGGAGAUAAUAGUGAUGAAAAAGAUUGCAAGUACUGUCGUGAAGGACUCUUUGAGUGUGCUAAUGGUGCUUGUAUCAGCAUAACAUGGCGCUGUGACAGAGAUGAUGACUGUGGAGAUGGCUCAGAUGAAGUAGACUGUGCAUAUUCAUGUGACAACGAAACCCAGUUCCAGUGUCAUGUAUCACUACGGUGUAUCAAUAUUGAUCUCGUAUGUGAUGGAGUACAAAACUGUGAAGAUGCCAGUGAUGAAAGAGAAAAGUGCUCUUUCCAUCCAGUGGUAUGUAACAUGCAUGAAUUUCAAUGCGAUGAACAACGCUGUAUUCCUGAAACAUGGAAAUGUGAUGGAGAAGAAGACUGCAUCAAUGGCACCGAUGAAUAUAACUGUACAAAUCCUGCGGUUCCUGUGUGCAGAGAGGAAACUCAUUACAAAUGUCCGAAUGAAAACAAAUGCAUCCCUGAUGCUUGGCAAUGUGACGGUAUAGCAGACUGUCAAGAUCAGUCAGAUGAGGUCAACUGUCAAUUGCUUCGGUGUGAGGUGAAUCAAUGGCAGUGUGAGAACCAUACCAUGUGUCUCCCAUUACAUAACCUCUGUGAUGGAGCUCAACAGUGUAUUGGAGGAACAGAUGAAUUGGAUUGUGACCUAUCUAUGUGUGACAAGGCAGCAUGUAAAGAGGAAUGUCAGGUGAUACCUGGGAAAGGGGUCAUGUGUUACUGCCCAGAGGGUAAGGUCAUUGACCCAGAAGACUCCACCAGAUGCAUACUGGACACCAAGAUGUGUACGAAGCGAGGUCGUUGCAGUCAGCAGUGUAUCAAUGGGAAAGGAACUUAUGUCUGCAAGUGUUAUCCUGGUUAUCAGAUGGCUAGUGAUGGUUGGACCUGUAAAAGCAAUGCCACAGCCAACCCAUACCUGAUAUUCUCCAAUCGCAAUCAGCUUCGUCGUGUCAAUCUGGCUACCAGCGAGUACAAUGUCCUUGUCUUUAACCUUCACAACAGUAUCGCAGUGGACUUCCAUUAUAGCAACAGCUCCAUCUAUUGGACUGAUGUGGUAGAUGAUAAGAUUUAUCGUGGAUGGCUUGACGAGAAUUCUCCUAAUGCAGGUCUAAGAAACAUAGAGCCAGUGAUUGAAGCUGGACUAGCCACCUGUGAAGGGCUAGCUGUUGAUUGGAUUGGAGGUAACCUGUACUGGGUUGAAAGUCAUCUUGAUCAGAUCGAAGUAGCUAGAUUAGAUGGAGCUAUGAGAACUACUGUGGUUGCAUCUAACAUGGAGAGCCCUCGGGCCAUUGCUCUCGACCCCACUGAAGGGUUAAUGUUUUGGACUGAUUGGGAGAACCGUGCCCCACGUAUAGAACGUGCGAGUAUGAGUGGUGCCAAUCGUAGUAUCAUUGUAAACAUUACUCAGCUGGAAGGAGGCUGGCCUAAUGGACUUACUAUUGACUACUCAGAGAAGAGAAUCUACUGGAUAGAUGCAAGGUCAGAUGCCAUCCAUGCUGCCUUGUACAAUGGAUCUAAUAUCUUCACAGUCUUAAAGGGACACAACUCCCUCUAUCAUCCCUUUGCUAUUACUGUGUUUGAGGGGCGUGUAUUCUGGACUGACUGGCGUAGUAACACUGUUUACCAAGCUAACAAGUUUACUGGACAGAAUGUAACAGCCAUACAGAAGACAAGUACUCAGCCAUUUGACAUCCAUGUCUAUCACCCUUACAGACAGCAACAAAAACCGAACCCGUGUGGUAUAAAGAAUGGAGGAUGCUCUGAUCUCUGUUUACUGAAUGGACAUGGAAUUGCCUGUGCUUGUCCCCAUCUUAAGAAGCUACACACAGAUAACAAGACCUGCAUUAAUGACACUGUCUUCUUUGUUAUCUCACGUCCAACGGAUAUUCGUGGAGUGGAUGUAGAUGAUGGAUACUACAAUGUGAUUCCUGCCCUGACAAUACCCAAUGUAGCUAAUGCAUCAUCCAUUGAUCAUGAUACCAUUGAAAAUAGGAUUUACUGGACAGACUUACAGAGGAAAAGCAUCAAUCGAGCUUUUAUCAAUGGAACUGAUAUUGAAACAGUUAUUGAAGGUAUCCCUUAUGCAUAUAACCUAGCCAUAGACUGGGUAUCAAGGAACAUGUACUGGACCAACUUGUCUCCAGAUAAGAGCACUAUUAACAUCGCUAGACUUGAUGGGAGCUUCCAGAAUGAGAUUGAUAACCUCAACCUUACCAACCCCAAAAGCAUUGUUAUUGAACCAACGGUUGGGAUAAUGUACUGGAUCAAUGCUGGACCGAUUCCAUCUAUUGAGAAGGCUCGAAUGGAUGGUACAAAUCAGACGUCCAUCGUCACAGGCCAUGUUCUUAACAACCCUACAGGCCUUGCUAUUGAUCGUAGCAAGCAGCGUUUGUACUGGACCGAUGCUGGGCUCUUCAAGAUUAAGACCAGUAACCUUGAGGGGGGUAAUAUUCAAGAUUUCUUGUCACUUGAUGAAGCCUCUCAACCAUCUGCUAUCACUGUCACUCCUGACAAGGUGUUCUGGGCAGACAACAAUGAUUUAGGAACAAUCAAGUAUGUACAUAAGAAUGAUAGUGAUCACAUCAACAUCCUUAGGAGAAAGACCCCAGGAGUAACAGAGAUGUUUAUGUACAAUCCUACCUCACAGAUUGGUGAGAAUGCAUGUAAGGAUCAGAAUGGAGGAUGUCAGCAGCUAUGUCUCCCUCUACCAGGCAAUGAUAGAAAGUGUGCAUGUACCGCUGGUUACGUAACCUCACCAGACAGUACUACUUGUAAUGGCGUAAGUGAGUUCCUUCUUUACUCAACUGAUGAGACGAUCCGAGGCAUAUCCCUAGAGCAUCCAUUAGAUGAUAAAGAUAUGUUGACUCCAAUCACAGGCCAUAUGCUCUCAGUAGCUAUUGACUUCCAUGCAGCCGAGAAUUUUAUCUAUUGGAUUGAUACAGCAUUGUACACAUUAAACCGAAUCAAAAGAGAUCAUACAGAACGCCAAGUCUUACUCACAGCCACUAACAGCAGAAUUGAAGGCAUAGCAGUGGACUGGAUUGCAGGUAAUAUGUACUGGACUGAUCAGAGGAAUGAUGUGAUUGAGGUGUCUAGGACUAAUGGCUCCUUCAGAUAUGUUCUCAUCUCAGAAGGAAUAGACAAGCCUAGACCUAUUGUUGUUCAUCCAGUCAGAGGGUAUCUGAUUUGGGCUGAUUGGGGAGUCGAGCCUAAGAUAGAACGAUCCCUUCUAAAUGGAGAAAACAGGACAGUGAUUAUCAACAGCAGCAAAAUCAACUGGCCAAAUGGCUUGGUCAUUGAUUUCAAUACAGAUAUGCUUUACUGGUGUGAUGCUGGCCAUAAUAACAUAGCAAGAGUAGAUUUAAAUGGGGGCAACUAUAAAGUCAUCCUGAGUGAUGCUGCACACAUCAAUGAUCCAUUUGCUAUCACAAUGAGCCAUCAGUACCUAUACUUCACUGACAGGACAUCUGGCUCUGGAUCUAUCUAUCGUUUGAACAAGGAUGGAAACGAUACCGUGGUGACGAUGAAAGGUGGUAUUGGAGUUGCAGUCAAAGAUGUACAUGUAUACAGUACCAAUAGACAACCAGGUAGUGACAUGAACCCUUGCAGUAUAAACAAUGGCAAUUGUUCCCAGAUAUGUUUCUAUCUUGGGGGAACAAGAAGAACGUGUGCCUGUGCUCAUGGAACAGUGGCUAACGAUGGAUUGAGCUGUGAAGAAUAUGAUGCGUAUAUCCUGUAUUCAGAAAGAAAUGGAGUUAAGAGUAUCAACUUAUAUAACACAUCGGACAAGAACCAACCAAUCCAGCCACUGUCUGAUGCUGAGAAUAUCCGUAAUGUGAUUGGAUUAGCAGUGGAUUACAUGGAGAAAAGAAUCUUUUACACAGACAUACAACUGGGUAAUAUACAAGUGGUCAAUGUCAAUGGAACUGGACGAAGAACAAUUGUUGCUGGUAUUGGGUCAGCAGAAGGGAUUGCUUAUGACCCACUCAUGAGACAGAUUUACUGGACCAGCUACACAAACUCCUCUAUCGGUCGUCUUAUAAUAGAUGAACCAACUAAAGAGGAGGUUCUAGUUAGACUCACUGCUGGUGAUCAUCCCAGGGGCAUUGCACUCGACUAUUGUCAUAGCCUGAUGUUUUGGACGAAUUGGAAUGAGGCAUUUCCUCGCAUCCAAAGGUCUUCUACGAGUGGUCAGAAUGUGACAAACAUUAUCACUGAUCAGAUUCAGAUGCCUAAUGGAAUCGGGAUCGAUCAUAAAUCACGUCUCCUCUUCUGGUCUGAUGCUAAACAAGACAAAAUUGAACGCUGUGAUUAUGAUGGACAAAACAGAGUGGUUCUUCUUAUCACUGAGCCUGUUCAUCCCUUUGGAUUGGCUGUUUUUGAUGACUACUUAUACUGGACUGAUUGGGUUAGGCGAGCAGUAUUAAGAGCUGAUAAAUACACUGCUGCAGAGGUCACUGUACUCAGAGCUAAUAUUCCUCAGCAACCUAUGGGAAUCGUUGUCAUGGCAGCAGAUGCAAAUAACUGUUUCCAAUGGCCUUGUCUUCAUGAUAAUGGUGGAUGUGAAGAUACAUGUCAGACUAAUGUAACAGGUCACGUCCUAUGCAGCUGCCCAGAAGGAAAGAGAGUAGAAGAUGGAUCUCGUUGCAUUGAUUUGAUCACAAAUUGUCAAGUUGGAGACUUCACCUGCAGUGAUGGAACAUGUACAAGAUAUGAAGACACUUGUGAUGGCAAGAAUCAGUGUUCAGAUGGCUCAGAUGAAGAUCCUCGCUACUGCAGUCAUCGAUUCUGUCGUGAGAAUUACAUUAGGUGCAAUAAUGGGCAAUGUGUCUCGGCGAACCGCCGCUGUGAUGGUAAAGAUGAUUGUAAUGAUAAUAGCGAUGAACUUAAUUGUGGUUGUAAAGAGAAUCAGUUCAUGUGUAAGAGUGGUGAAUGCAUAGCGUUGAGCAGUAAAUGUGAUCAUCGAUUAGACUGCCAGGAUGAUGGAUCAGAUGAAGACAAACAAGAAUGUCCUGAAGUAGACUGUGCAGAAUGGGGAAAUGAGAUGUUCUUACUACUACCCAAUGGUACUACAUUUGUGAACUGCCCCAACUUCUCAGUUUGCAUCUUUCAUUCUUGGAUCUGUGAUGGAGUUAAUGACUGUGGGGAUGGAAGUGAUGAAAAGAAUUGCAGCUCUGAUUCCCCAACGAGAGCACCAUGUGAAGAAGGUCAAUUUCAAUGUCGUAAUGGUCGAUGUAUUCAGCAAUCAUGGGUGUGCGACAGAGAGAAUGACUGUGGCGAUAACUUUGAUGAAGAGCAAGAUGAAUGUUCUUCUACUUGUCCUGCUGACCAGAAUCAAUGCGCCAAUGGUCAGUGUAUUCCUAAGCUGUGGGUCUGUGAUAGGGAUAAUGAUUGUGGAGAUAACAGUGAUGAGAAUGAAGCUAUACACACAUGUUCAAACCAUACAUGUACAGGUGACAUGUUCCGUUGUACGAACCAACGUCGAUGUAUCUCUAGAUCGUGGGUUUGUGAUGGUGACAAUGAUUGUGGAGAUGCUCAGGAUGAACACUCAUCUCUUGGUUGCAAUGUAACAAGAUGUAAAGAUGGAGAGUUUGCCUGUGCUAAUGGACGAUGUAUUCAGCAGUCCUGGGCUUGUGAUCAUGACGAUGACUGUGGGGAUGGUUCUGAUGAACCUAAAGAUUCAUGUGAUUUUCCAGCCUGUCUUGAAGAUGAGCAUAGAUGCAGCGAUGGUCGUUGUCUUCCAAAGGACUGGGUUUGUGAUGGUGAUAAAGAUUGUCAUGAUGGUUCAGAUGAAACUAUUUGUAAUGUGUCACCAUCCCCUCUGAAUAACUGCACCAAGCAUCACUUAUUCCAAUGUGAUAAUGGAAAGUGUAUCCCUCAGUCAGCAAGAUGUAAUACUAGUGAUGAGUGCGGUGACAACUCUGAUGAAGUAGAUUGCCGAUGUGAUAUAGACUACCCAUGCUCUCAGAGAUGUGUGGAUCUGAAUGCUCAUUUCUGGUGUUACUGUGUUGAAGGCUUCAAACUUCUAGAUGACCAAGUCACUUGUGCUUUAGAAGCAGACCAACCUAAACCCUACCUGCUGUUCUCAAACCGCUAUCAGCUGCGUACAGUGGGUGUUGAUGGCUCCAAUUACACCACCCUUCAAGUGAAUGUAACCAAUGCAGUAGCACUAGACUAUGACUGGGAGGAACGUAUGAUCUACUGGUCCGAUGUCACUCUACAGAAUAGCAAGAUUAGUCGUGCUAAUAUCACUCAUGGCACUACUGAGGUGUUACAUGAUCUUGGGGUCCUGAAUCCUGAUGGUAUAGCAGUAGAUUGGGCAGGAAGGAAUCUCUACUGGUGUGAUAAGGGUCUGAAUGUCAUUGAAGUAUCAAGACUCAACGGUAGCUAUCGCAAGACUAUUAUCAAAGAGAAUCUGGAUGAACCGAGAGCUAUUGCUUUGGAUAUUACCAGAGGGGUUAUGUUCUGGACUGACUGGGGUGAUGCACCGUACAUUGGACGAGCAAGUCUGGAUGGACGUUACUUCACAAGAUUGGUGACAGAGAAGAUUCAGUGGCCCAAUGCUCUAACAGUUGAUUACACUACAGACAGAGUUUAUUGGGGAGAUGCACGCGAGGAUAGAAUUGAGUCCGUGUCUUGGAAUGGAACAAAUAGGCACACUGUGGUUGGGUCAGAUGUACCUCAUAUCUUUGCCAUGAGUAUGUUUGGAGAUUAUAUCUACUGGACAGAUUGGGACCAACGUAGGGUCAAGAGGGCUCACAAGUUCACUGGUCAAGAUCAAUUAGACCUGGUCCUAGUAGUACAUAGACCAAUGGAUAUACAAGUUCUUCAUCCUCUAAGGCAGCCUAGAAUUGAGAACAAUCCAUGUGGUAAGAACAAUGGCGGCUGUUCAAACCUUUGCCUACUAAACCAAGAUGGAGGGAGGACUUGUGCAUGCCCAAACAACUUCUAUGUUGCUUCUGAUGGAAUGACUUGUGUGUCAAACUGCACAGGAAGCCAGUUUGUCUGUAGGAAUGAUAAGUGUAUUCCAUCAUGGUGGCAUUGUGAUCAAGAGGAUGAUUGUGGUGAUAGAUCAGAUGAACCUAGUACCUGCCGUCCAUUUUACUGCAUACCUGGUCAAUUCCAGUGUGAGAACACAUCAGAAAGUGAUGCUGAAUGCAUUAAUCCUGCAUUCAUCUGUGAUGGUGAGGAAGACUGUAGAGAUGGAUCAGAUGAAUUCCACUGCUUGAACCACUCAUGUCUACAGAAUCAAAUCAAGUGUGAGAGUAGCAACAUAUGCAUCCCAAAAUCCUUUCAGUGUGAUGGUAUCAAACAUUGUGCGCAAGGAGAAGAUGAAGAGACAUGUGGCCAAGUCCAGUGUCGUGAUGAUCAGUUUCAAUGUAACUCAACGGGUCGUUGUAUACCUGACGUAUGGAGAUGUGAUGGAGAAGAUGAUUGUGAGGAUCAAUCUGAUGAGAUGGGAACUUGCCGAAAUCUUUCCUGCCCUGUGAAUGAGUUUGCCUGUCAUGGCAACGGUCGAUGUAUACCUCAGAGAUGGCAGUGUGAUGGAGAGAGAGACUGUGCAGAUGGUUCAGAUGAAAAACCUCAAGAUUGUUCCAAUCGUUCCUGCCCGGGUGACUUGUUCAGAUGUAAGAAUUACAACUGUAUCCCCAGUCUAUGGAGAUGUGAUGGAGAUGAUGAUUGUGGAGAUAACUCAGAUGAAGAUGGCUGCAACUCAUCUUGUGAUCAAGAAGCAUCAUUCCGUUGUGAGGAUGGUAUAUGUAUUACAAAGAAUUUGACAUGUGAUGGUAAACCAGACUGUGGAGAUGGAUCUGAUGAACAAGAGAGCCUUUGUAAACCAGACUGUGCUAAGAAUGAGUUUCAGUGUAAAGAUGGUCGUUGUAUCUGGAUUCGCUGGAACUGUGAUGGGGAUCCUGAUUGCAAUGACCAAUCAGAUGAAGAGGACUGUGAGAAUGUUUCAUGUCAUGAGGAUGAGUUUCAUUGUGAUAACAACAAAUGUAAGCCAUUAAUGUGGAGAUGUGAUGGUGAAGAUGAUUGCGGAGACAGCUCAGAUGAAGAUCCAGAGCUUUGUGCUCGCCUAGCCUGUCCUGUUACCAAGUUCAGAUGUUCUAACCAUAUCUGUGUUAAUCAUCGCUUUGUAUGCGAUGGCAUCAACACUUGUGGGGACAACAGUGAUGAGUCAUUCUGUACACCAACUGAGCCUCCAUUAUGUACUGCUAAUCAAUUCAAAUGUAAGAAUCACCGUUGUAUCGAUGUCAACUUGCUGUGUAAUGGAGUAGAUAACUGCCAGGAUCGCUCAGAUGAGCUAGAUUGCACUAAAAAUCCUUCUUGUCACAGUGGGGACAUUCAAUGUGCUCACCGGUGCUCUUUGGUUGGUGGGGUUCAUUACUGCACCUGUCAUGCAGGCUAUGAGUUACUACCAGAUGGUGUAUCAUGUGGAGAUGUCAAUGAAUGCCGUCAGUUUGGUAUCUGUAGUCAGACCUGUGAGAACCUGAAUGGAUCCUAUGACUGCUCAUGUGUGGCAGGAUACAAACCACUCAGGAUCAAUGGAAAGAUCUAUUGUGAAGCACUAGGAGGUCCACCUGUGUUGUACAUAGCUGAAGAGGGUACUCUUCAUCACAUGAAUACAUCAGGUGCAUCAUCACCUUACCAAACUGAUUCAAGUGUAGACUUAGGAACCAGAAUCAUUUCAAUGGAUAUGCAUUACAGUCAGAAGAAAGUCUUCAUCUUAUCCGGUCACAACUCAACAGGCUAUCGUCUAUAUCAAGCACCACUUAAUAGUGCAGCAAGGAAGAAGAGACAAGCAGACGAGAAUUCAAUGUUUGAGCUGUUUGAGCUAGACCAGCCAGAAGGUGUUGCAGUAGAUUGGAUCAAUGAUAUGAUCUACUGGACUGAUAGCUCAGUACAUACUGUAGAAGUAUCCAAUCUGAAUGGAUCUCUAAGAAGAACAUUGAUAUCAAAUACAAGAGGACAUCCUCAGUCCAUAGUGGUACAUCCCAAGAAAGGUCUAAUCUUCUUUACCAACUGGGGGAGGAGACCUGGUAUUAACAGAGCUCACAUGGAUGGAUCCCAUGUAGAAAGGAUAGUAGAAGAUAACCUAGCUCAACCAACAAGCAUUGCUAUUGACUAUGUAAGUGACAGAUUGUAUUGGGCUGACAGCAAAGUGAGGCUGAUUGAGAGUUCUAAUAUGGAUGGUGGGGACAGAGUUCCAGUGGUCACUUUCCCUCAAUCUGGUGGUUCUCCUUUCUCCAUCGACAUCUUUGAGGAUCUUAUCUACGGCUCUACCAAGAAUCCUUACCGUGUCUUCAGAGUGGACAAGUUUGGGAAUCAGAGUACUGAUAGAAAGAGCCUCACUUAUCUUACUCAACCUAGACCUAUGACAUCUAUGGUUAAACUCGUCCACCAUCUCAAACAGGAUACAGGUAUCACCAAUCGAUGUGCGAAUAAUUCAUGCAAUCAGCUAUGUCUACUGAAACCAAAUGCCAAGAUAUGUGUUUGUAAGGAAGGCUUUCAACCUAAUGGGUCAUCAGGAUGCAGCCCAGUACAAGAUAACUCGCCUUGUGCUGGUCAUGUCUGUGUUAAUAAUGGAAACUGUGUUGAAGUGAAUGGCAGAGCAAAGUGCAGGUGUCCAGUUCCAUACUCUGGGGCGCUUUGUGAGCUUAAUCGAUGUCGUUCUCGUUGCCAGCACAAUGGUACAUGUACUUAUGAAUCCAGUGGAAUGUUUCAUUGUGAUUGCACCCCACGAUGGAAAGGAUCAUUCUGUAAUGAGGACAGGUGUCGUAAUUACUGCAGUGGUCAUGGAGAAUGUUAUGAGAAUGGAGACACAUUAGCAUGUCGAUGCAACCAUCCGUGGACUGGUGAACAGUGUAAUGCUGAUAUCUGUUUAUCCUACUGCCAUAAUGGUGGGGUAUGUUCUUUAGAUGUGAAUGGUAGGCCACAAUGCUUAUGUCCUAAGGAGUUUCCUGGGACACAGUGUGAUGGAGAUGACUGUUAUGCCUUCUGUUCUUCAGGAAGCACAUGUCAACAAAUAGGUACAACUAUUCAGUGUAUCUGUUCAUCAGCUCGUUAUACUGGUGAACGAUGUGCAGAGGAUAGAUGUGAUGCAUGUGCUAAACUCAAUCAAUCUUGUGUUGUCUUGACUGAUGGCAUUGAUUGCAGAGAUCAUCCUGAUGGUCAUCCAAUAUCAGACUCACAGUCACCACAAGUUGCAGUGGCAGCAGUAGUGCCCAUUCUCAUCAUCUUAUUAAUUCUUGUCAUUAUAGUUUUAAUAUAUUUAAAACGAAGACAAAGGUCAACAAGUGGAUUUGCUCACAGGAGAAUAGAGAGUGAAGAGGAUAUGGAGUUUGGAAACCCUACGUUUAAAUACUCCCGCCAAGUGAAUGAAGAAGAAGAAGGAGCAGACGGUAUGGAUGCACCUUUCACAGUCAGGGAUCACAAGGCAAGAACCAACUUUACGAAUCCUGUGUACAACUCCUAUCUCAACCAAAGAGGCUCUGAGCUAAGCUUAGAAAAUAAGAAGUUUGUUGACCUCCCACAACGAGACACAGAGAGACUUCUUCAGAAUGAUGAUGAUGAUGAUGAUUGAAGCACUCAGUCACAAACUUGAUUGGGGUGUGAAAUAAAAGCUUCCUGAACUCAGCUCUCGUGCUAUCCUACUUCCUUGGAGUCACAGAAAGACUAUAUUUUAACAUUUGGUCCAAGUUGGAUAGAAGCUGUUUUACAUUGUAUUUUGAUUAAUAUGUCUAUUCGCAAGUUAUGGUUAAGAUACAAGUGUUUUAAAGUAUUUAUGUCAUCCAAACUAUGUCAAGAUCCAAAUGAUGUCAAGGCAGUAUUUACAUGUAAUACAGCACAGUAUUCAUUACCCAUAUGAGAGUACACUAAAGAAGCGUGCGUUUGCUUCCGGCUAAAGAACCCUUUUUGUUUAUUGUGCCAAUGUGUAGUUUGCUUCAUUGCUUAGCAAUCACAUCACAAGGGAACUAAGUUAACUUGAAAUGUUGAGAAUAUAAUCAUGUAAGAUGUCUUGACCUUCGCUUGUAAAACUGAAAAACUAUAUGAAAACUAAAAUUAUGAAAUAUAUUAUCUGAACAACACAGUGAUGGUUUGAGUCUCAAAGCAGGAGGAAUAAGGAUUGUGAUGGUUUGAGUCUCAAAGCAGGAGGAAUAAGGAUUGUGAUGGUUUGAGUCUCAAAUCAGGAGGAAUAAGGAUUGUGAUGGUUUGAGUCUCAAAGCAGGAGGAAUAAGGAUUGUGAUGGUUUGAGUCUCAAAGCAGGAGGAAUAAGGAUUGUGAUGGUUUGAGUCCCAAAGCAUGAGGAAUAAGGAUUGUGAUGGUUUGAGUCUCAAAGCAGGAGGAAUAAGGAUUGUGAUGGUUUGAGUCCCUAAGCAGGAGGAAUAAGGAUUGUGAUGGUUUGAGUCCCAAAGCAGGAGGAAUAAGGAUUGUGAUGGUUUGAGUCUCAAAGCAGGAGGAAUAAGGAUUGUGAUGGUUUGAGUCCCUAAGCAGGAGGAAUAAGGAUUGUGCUAUUAUGAAGCAGGGAGAAGAACUGACAUUGUAUUUCUUCUCUUCUAAUUGUGGAGGUUGUAAGAGGGUGUAGUUUUGGCAACAAUGUUAUUUUCAUAAAAAUAUAGUACGGGUAAAUUUUUAUUUCCAUAACUUUUAUAAAAAAUGAAAAAGAAAGUCCUGCUUAUACAUGUAAGAUAUUGGUAGACUCAUUUUACUUCUAUGUGCAGAUUUUCAACUAUUACAUUCAUGAUUAUUUGUAAAUAGGACUUUAAUAUUUUUGACAAUAAUAUUCAUGAUUAUUGUCAUGUUAAGGUGAUGGCUUGUAUAAGAGAAAUAAAUAAUGCAUCUUACUCAUUGUUUAGCUAAUAUUUACUAAUAUUUAUUGCCUUUAAAGAAAAAAAUGAAUUUAGGAAAGAGAUGUGAAAGGACUAAAUCUUGCCCUGAAAUGUAUUCUUGUUUUUUUAGAUAAAAAUUCCUGCUUUCAUUUAGAAAAAUGAAAGAUUACAAAUGCUCAAAAUAGUCACUAAUCAUUUAACAGUACUUUAUUAAGAAGGAUUCUCACUUGCAGUUGAAAUGUACUUUUUUUUUUCUAAUGGAUACUUUUUAAUGAUGUUGUACAUUUGAAGUACUUACUCAUAUCUCGCUUCAAUAGUACUGACAUGCUCUAUUACCUUGUAUACAUUUAGCGCCUUGAACUAUCAAAAGAUGCAUACAUGUUUAUUACUAUUAUUAUUUUAAUGCUACUAAAGUUCAAACUUUAAACCUUGACAAUUUUUACCAUGGUAAGUAAAGCUUUUACCCUGCUCAUACCCUGCUUGUAACCUGUGGAAUCUAUAUAAGUACGCUUACACAAUUAUGAUAAACCAUUUGUUCAUAAUUUUUAUGGUGCUUUUUUCCUUGGUAUGUACACUUUUAUGUUCUUUUAAUAUACAGUACCUAAUCACUAUAAAACAUCAGCAUUCUUGACUUUGUGUCAGUUUCAAAGUCUUCACAGUCAUGUUACAAGUUUUCAUAGUUUUGUUCAGUAUUACAUUUUAUCUGCUGAGAGGCUGAAAGGCGUUAUGUAAUAGUAUAUUGGCCUUUCUGACUCUAAGGAAAUGAUAUAAUAAAUGAUAUUGAUGAGGAUAACUAAUAAUGGGAUAUUAACAUACAUGUACUAAUUUUAAUUGAUGCUGCUGAAGGUAUAUCUCAACUAAAGCUUGAAGUUUACUUAUUAAUAUUUUUGAUAAAUUAUUUUAGGUUGUAUAUUUUCUCUCAACUUUUAAGUCUUAAGGUGGGGGGGGGGGGGGGGGAUAGGUCUAGGGGACCUUUCAGAUUUGUUGAUACAUGUAGAUUGAUCUUAAUGGGAUUAUUAGGGAGACUUGUUUUUAAAGAUGUUUUAAGAGAGGAAGAGAGACUGCUUUCUUGUAUUUACUACUAGGAAAAUUGCCUAAUUUUUCUAUUUAUCUCUUCAUAUUUAUACAGAGUAUAUAUUUUCUGCAUUUUAUUUUGUUUCUUUACAACUGAAGCUUUUUCAACUCUAUUUAUUAAUACAUGUGCAUGAACUUCUCAAAUGGAGAAAUAAAACAUGUUUGUUUUAUGUAUUAUAGAAAACAAAUGUUCAUGGUAUGAUAAACAAGUGAGUCACGGAAAGAUGUUAAAUACUUAAAAGAGUAGUGUAUUUGACUUUAUGUUGACCCUCUCUUGUACAUGUACAUGUAUAUUGUAUCUAACUGAAAUGUAUUUACUAUAAUGUAAUUAUGAUAGGUAUGAAAAUGUAACAUGUGAUCAGUUGAAUUAGUAUUAAUCAUUGGAUAUCAUAAAGAUAUUUGGCAUACAAUAUUGAAAGAUAUAAAGUCAGUCUCAGUAUUGUUUUGUAUUUUUUGUAGUCUCAAAUGUUUGUAAUGUGAGACAAAAAAAGGAGACAUUAUUUCAAGGCUAUUUAUUAGUAUGCACAUGUAUUCAUUUAUUACUAGGACAUGUCAAGGGAUAUUUGGGAUACAGACCUGAUACUAGUGUUCAUCACUAUUUGGGUAUUAACUAUAGUAGUAGACAUUGUAGUCAUAAGAUCCCCCCAUCACCCUCUACAUGCCAAUGACACUUUACUUCAUGUUUCAUAACUUGAGUAUUUGUAAUUAUCUAUUUUAUGGAUUUUCUACAAGCUUCUCCAAAAACUAUAUUGGGAACUCGUAUUUUUUAACAAUCAUUUUAGACCCAAUUCCACUAUUAUGAUGUUUAUCAAACUAUUUUAUGUGACUGUGUAUCAUUAGUUGUCAAGAUUCUUGAUUUUAUGUGAUCUUCACACACACUUAAUGUCCAAUGUCUUGCAUUUCAUUUGCUUGUUAUAUUUUACAUUUGGAACGAUGAAUAAUGUUAUUAAAAUACGUUCAAAAUGGUUCAAAAUAAAGUAAUCAUUGCAAAAUGUUUUUGAAUCUAUUUUGGUGGAGGAUAAAAAAGUAGAUAUUUUUGAAAUGUUAGCCAUGUCUUGAGGAUGUACUUUUUUAGUUUACCUUCGAGGGAAAUAGGGACAGCACAUAUCAUAUUUGUAAGAUGAGUUAACUCACAUCCUUCUUAAUCACAUUAUCCUGUAUUUGUAGUUAUAUAGUGCUGCAAAUAUGUUAACAAUAACUAUAGAUGGUCUAAUAAAUAGAGGCUUCAUAAAAAAUAGCCAUCUUCCUCUUUACCAUAUAAAAUCUAUGAAAUCUUAUGAAAAGUUUUUACCCAAACUUUACAUUACCUUUAGCUGUUGGUAAAUGUGAGAGGAUACCUGAAGGAUACCUGAAGGAUACCUGAAGGAUACCUGAAGGAUACCUGAAGGAUACCUGAAGGGGAUUCAGAGAAAGAGAAAGAGACUGUAGCAGUGUAACAGCUAUCUUUUUAAUGUCAGUUUAGUGUGAAUUAUUGAACACACAACGCCACUUUUUUAAUCUUUAUUGUUAAACAGAGGAAAGAAACGAUUUUUAGAACACUUCAAAAUAAUUGCUCUUUGUUAAAAUGUUCCUCAAAGAGUUAGGCAGCUAUAGUUUCAUUUGAUUUAAAAGGGGUGUCUUUCAUAUUUGACUAAAUGAGAAAAUGAAAGAGCUUUUUAUCAAUUGUCGGAUGUAAUAAAAUGUCAGACUGUAAUUUGUUUUUUAAAUUUAAAUUCUUGUUUGUCUAUGUACAUGUCUAUAUUAUAUUUUCUAUGAUGUAAUCACUUCAAUUAUCAUUCAUUAUUGUCUUUUGUUGAGGUGUAAUACUCAGAAAACAAUUCUUUCACUCGCAGCAAAUGCUUGUAAAUAAUAAAAAUAAGAAAUGUACUAAAGUAAGAAAAAAA